AUGCCGGGGAAAUACUCUCACACCGUCGUGCUGGCGACUUAUUCUAGUCGUGGCAUUUUCAACGUACCCAGCUCCCAGAGGUCGAAUCCGGAGCGUGAUGACUUAUCAGGGACAUCGUAUUCACCUUUCCUAAAGUCUCGGAACGGGGAAUCACCUCCAGCAAAGAAGACCAGCGCCACGACCCCUUCACAAUCGACUCCGGAUCAUCCCAGACGGCAUCCACGAAAAGAUUCAAGCCGCAAAUCUACUCAACCGUCCAACAAUACGUCAAGUCAUACUCCACGAGAUUCCCACAAUCAUCCUAGUGGGGUCGCAGCACAGACUCACGGCGUAUCAAGCCAUGGCCAAGAAUCUCGGCCUCGUCAAGCAGAAGCCGGAAUAGAAUCUUCGUCGAAACCAGAAUAUGGUUUGUCAAGGUACAGCCAUUAUGAGAGUGACCCAUGGUUCAUUCCAUCCAGGCAGUCACACCAGAUAGGUACCGACGCUGCAGAACGUGCAAUUGCGGACCCGUCGGAACCUUAUGCGAUGCCACAGCAUCGGCAUGUACGGAAAUACGAACCACGUCCAGACGUCAGCGAGCGGAGAGGACUCAUGCCUCGCAGUAGACACUAUCGCUCGGCCAAAGCGGAAAAGCAUGUCGAACCACUUCUCUCACUGCAACAAUUUCUCGACCUACUACCUCCCCGGGACGGGUCCAGUUCACAGCUAGACAGGACUCCCCCUCAGUCCGUUUUUCUCUCGUCGUCUAAACGUGUAACCCUCCUACCAGGUUUCCGUCCUGCGCCUCCUCGUUGCGACUCGGCGCCAGCUCUCCAUAGAAGGUCUUCCCACCUCGACUCGGCAAGACCACCUCCGCGAACAGCAAAUUCCAGUGACUCCUUCAACCGCGGGGAUACGAGUUUUAUUGACUCGUCUGACGACAGCGAAGAAGGUGAAGAAGUGACAGGAUUUGAGAAGUUGCACGCCGCGCAUAUGCCACCUUCCACACCAGCAGGACAUGAUGACUUCCAGCCCCCGUUUUCCGGUUACCACGAAGACGCCAAUUCUCGUCGUAAGAUAGUCGACUUGACGAAAGACCUUCGAGAGUUGCCAGCUAUGUAUUCUCCACGACCUGAGAAUGGCGCGAAUAGCCCACCAGUAACCGUUACCAAAGUCCACCAAAUGCAAUCGGAACGUUCCUCACUGUAUCCCUACGAGAGCGAUGUAUCUGAGGAUUUUCCACUGCAAAAGCACUCGCCGCCGCCGCAGCUCCGAUCUGCCACUUUCCAAGCCGCGCAUCUAACUCGCUCCCAGACUCCUAUUUAUGAAUUGCCUGAUAACCAGGUGGAGAGAAUAGUCGAUGGUUUGCGAAAAGGUCCAUUGUCUUCAGAUCCGAAAACCCAGAAGUUAAAUGUCGCCGCUGAGGAACGCCUACCCCCCCUCCCAGAGUUCUCGGAUAUAGACGAUUUCGAGGAAAACCCGAACACCCCAUCUGUGAUCGAUCCUCCACAUGGGCGUCAGAGGUAUUACAGGACAAAGGGCGAAGAAACAACCAAAAGCGAAAGUCGAAUUUCCAUUUCUCGAUUGACGUCUCGGAAAAGCUUCGAUAUCGGCCGGAGAGCUAGCCUUUCGUCAGCAAUUUAUGCUCAAGGAAGGACACCUUCGAGGAUCGCAGGCACUCCGGAACCUCUUCACUGUGAUAUGAGCAUCUCUUCCGCCACUGACAUACCGGAAGUGGCACCUUUAAGAAUCCGAAGCAAGACACCACCAGUUCCCACGAGAGAUAGUCGAAGAGUCACCUCACCAACGGCGUGUCCGGGUCCGACAAUACCAUUCAGGCCGGUCAACCCUACUCCAAACUUUGGAACAUUGUCUGUCGUGCGGAAUCCCGAUGAAAAGACCAUGCUCAAAGUGCAAAACGUAUCGCGAUCGACCACACCUCUUCCUGCAGAAGGAAAGGCCUCGCCGCAGAAAUUCCCCCUGCUCCAACGCCAUUUGCUCCAUUCAUUCUCGGACCUUGCGUCGAUGAAAAGUAUAAAUGUGCCCGAGUUGACGAGGAGAAGUAGCUACGAAUCGCUGGUAUCUCCCGAGAGGAAGGGGAUGUCGCCCGAGGCCAAGACACCUUCCACUGCAGAUUUUGCGGAUGACAGCUGGGGCCGUUUGUCAAUUGAGCCUGCACGAUCCACUCGACGUGUUGCGGAGUUCGAAUCACAGCCCGCCCAAAGUCAUGACAACGUCGAGAAGCGCGGGCGCUCCAACGAUAUCAACCACCAGCGAGGGCCCGUCGCUCUCCCACCCCCUGAUAUUUACCGACAUCGUCCUGGUGAGGUCCAGCGUGGCGCCGUGGCGGUGGGCGGACGAAAUCAGUCCAAGGGCGUUUUCGGGAGAUUCAUCAGAUGGUAA